UGAGUGUUUUGAAAGUAAUUUAUUUUAACAUCCAAGAACACGUUUAAGUACUGGAUUUUAUUGCGACAGAAAAAUAAUAAAUCAUGGCUAUGUUGUCAUGGUCUAAUUAUAGUAACAUGAUCAUCUAAAGUGUUGCGAAUUUACGAUGCAUUAAACACACAGUAAACAGCCCUUAAGGCAGGUUUAUUUUAUCAUAUACAUGUAAUGUAAUGCGUUUGUAAUUGAACAUUUGGUAUAUCGAUGAAACACAGUCCCAUCGUUUUUCAACAUUUUUGUGUUGCAGACUGGUUUUAAUUAACAACAGUUUUUGUUGGAUUACGAUAAACUUUUACGGAGUAAGACGACAAUGGAUGAAAUAGCAGACGACAUAAAUACAUUAGUUUUAAAAGCAGACGAGACUGACGCUCAUGUUGACACGGGUGGUGGAACUUUCGAUGGAUCAUAUACGAAUGAAAACUCUGUGAGUAUAGGUGGCGCUCAAGACGUAGCACAUGGUGAGCAGACGACACAACAUGACGCCAAACCAUUGGAUAUAGAAGAGAAUGUUGAUGAUCUAGAAGCACGCGGCGAUGACCACGGGGCUGCAUCAACAGAUGCCAGAAUGCUAGGGUGUCUAGGUAGUACUGAUUCAGCGGAAAAAGUAAACACGAUACUGUCUGUUGAUCCAAAACUAGAUGUAUACGAUAUGAACUAUAAAUACAGGGGCCAUGCACUAUUGAUUAACAAUGAGAAAUUCAGCAUUCAACUCAGGCGCCAGGGGCUCGGGAAUAGGGACGGCUCUAGUGUGGACGAUGACAGCAUGAAGAAAAGGCUCUCUGAAUUAGGAUUUGCAGUCCAUGCGUACCCUGAUCUAUCUGCCUAUUCGAUGAAAAGCGUGUGUUCCAAGAUGGCCGCCAAAGAUUACAGUGAAUGUGACUGUUUUAUUUGCGUUAUUCUAAGUCAUGGAGAAGAAGGCGUUGUGUAUGGAACUGAUAAACCUGUAGAGAUCACAGAACUAACCAAAUAUUUUAAAGGAGAUAAGUGCCCAUCUCUUGUUGGAAAGCCUAAACUAUUUAUCAUUCAAGCAUGUCGCGGGUACCAGACGGAUGCCGGCGUGAAUGUCAAUGUGGCUGACGCAAAAGGCAUAGGUGAGCAAGGGAAACCAGCGAUGGUGAAACUUCCGGUAGAGGCGGACUUCCUGUUUGCUUAUUCAACGAUUCCCGGCUACUAUUCUUGGAGAAAUGGUGCCAAUGGUUCUUGGUUUAUACAGGCGCUAUCUGAGGCGUUAAAAGACUUCGGAAAAACAAUGGAAAUCAGAAAACUAUUGACGCUUGUGAACAAAAAAGUUGCCUACAACUUCCAGUCGUUCAAUCCAGAAAAUAAAGACUUUCACAAAAUGAAGCAGAUCCCAUGUAUUACAUCAAUGUUAACUAAAGACCUGUACUUCUCAACAGUAAAGAAAAAGAAAUUGUUCUUUUGAUACUAACUACCAGUGAUUAUAAUGUUUACACACGCAG